AUGAGACGGCAGAUCAUCACAAUAGCUUCUCUCGUAGCGUUCGUUCGCGGCGCUGAUGUCGACAACUCUAAGCUUGACCCGCUACAGUUCAAGAAAGAUGGCACUUUUCAGAUUGCCAUCUUUUCCGACAUGCAUUUCGGACAAUAUGAAUCUACAACAGGUCCCGAGCAGGAUCGCAACUCUGUCGAGGUAUUCAACAAAGUGCUUGACUAUGACACACCAGAUCUGGUAGUCCUCAAUGGCGACCUCAUCAAUGGCGACUCAACGUGGAAACACAACAGCACACACUAUAUCGACAUGAUUGUUGAACCCAUGGUCAACCGCAGUCUCACUUGGGCAUCCACUUAUGGUAAUCAUGACCACAACUACAACAUCAAUGGUGAUGAUAUUCUUGUACGCGAGCAGAUGUGGCCCGGAGCACGCACUCAGAAAAUGGUCAACGAGACGAAAUCAGGCACCACCAACUAUUAUCUUCCCGUCUAUCCCUCCAACUGCUCUGAUACCUCGGACUGCAGCCCUCAGAUGAUUCUGUGGUUCUUCGAUAGCCGUGGUGGAAACUACUAUCAGGGCAGCUGGCAGGAGAACUGGGUUGAUCAGAGCGUGGUAGACUGGUUCAACGAAACUAGCACCGAGCUGACCAGCAAGCACAACAAAACCAUCCCUUCACUUGCCUUUGUCCACGUACCUCCGAAUGCUACAGUCGCUCUCCAGACAGAGCUGGGUAUUCGAAAGAACAAUCAGCCUGGCAUCAACGAUGACCCUCCUGUCCCCCAACAGGGUUACGGAUGGUGCGCCGAUGGCACCCCCACUUACGACUGCCCAUACGGCGGCCAAGAUAUUCCUUUCAUGGAAGCGUUGGUCACUAUUCCCGGAAUUAUCGGGUUGUUCUAUGGCCACGACCACGGAAACACCUGGUGCUACCGUUGGGACACGAAACUCGAUGGAAUGGAUAUCGAAGGCAACGGCAUCCAUCUCUGCUACGGACAGCACUCCGGAUAUGGUGGAUACGGCGAUUGGAUUCGUGGCGCAAGAGAGAUUGUUGUGACAGAGGAUAUGUUGGAGAAGAACGAGGUGGAGACAUAUAUCCGACUUGAAUCAGGCGAUGUUGUAGGCAAGGUGAUGCUUAACUCGACCUAUAACGAGGAUCACUAUCCUGCCACACCGAAUACUAUGACUUACAUGUCGGAGGAAGAGGACAGUGGUGCGUUUAGCCUCUCAGGCAGCUCGGAGUCUGUUAUGAUGGCAGUGGGAGGAUCACUGGUAGCGAUGGCCUGGUUGAUGGUUUGA